AUCUGUGCAAAAAAUCAUUGUGAUUAGAGGGAAGGAAAACUGAGACAUAACUUGCUGCCUUGCCUGGAGUCACAUGUACUUAGGUGACAAUUUACAGAAAGUCAACUCUGCAACUUGAUGGGCGACAACCUUUUUCAACCAAAAAAUAAUUCAAAAAUGGCAGAACUGUUUAUGGAAUGUGAAGAAGAAGAGCUGGAACCAUGGCAGAAGAAAGUAAAAGAGGUUGAGGAUGAUGAUGAUGAUGAGCCAAUCUUUGUUGGAGAGAUAUCAAGUUCAAGACCAGCAAUUUCAAAUAUUUUGAACAGAGUUAAUCCCAGCUCAUAUUCAAGGGGACUAAAGAAUGGCACACUCAGUCGAGGUAUUACUGCUGCAUUCAAGCCUACAAGUCACCACUACAUGAAUCCAACAUCAAAUCCAGUGGUUACCUCGCCAGUUAAUUUUCAUCCCGAAUCUAGAUCUUCAGAUAGUUCUGUUAUUAUUCAGCCUUUUUCUAAACCUGGUUAUAUAAUGAACUCAUCACGAGUUGUAUCUAAUAAGUCUUCAGACUUACUGUUUGACUUGACCCAGGAUACAGGAUUAUCACAUUAUCAAGGGGGACCAACAUUUUCUAUAGCAGGUAUGAAUGAAAGUUCAUUUUUAUCAAAACGUCCUUCUACUUCUGAAGUAAAUAAUGUUAAUCCAAAAAAACCCAAGCCUAGCGAGAGUGCUUCUGGAACAAAUUCUUCGACUGUGUUACCUUCAGUUAAAUCUCAUUCAAUGAUAUCCUCCCAGGCUAUGCCAUUAAAAGGUGCAAAUACCUCAUCAAAUCAAUCUAAAAAUGGAGCACCUUUUCCAAGAGCUUGUCCAAAGUGCAAUAUUCAUUUCAAUCUUUUGGAUCCUUUGAAAAAUCACAUGAAGUAUUGUUGUCCAGACAUGAUAAAUAACUUUUUGGGACUGCCUAAAACAGAAUUUUCAAGCACAGCAAAUAAAAAUAUGACUAUUGAUUCAGAGAAAGGAAAAUUGAUCAUGUUAGUUAAUGACUUUUAUUAUGGAAAACAUGAAGGAGAUGUCCAAGAAGAACAGAAGACUCACACAACAUUUAAAUGCUUCAGUUGCUUAAAAAUUCUAAAAAAUAAUAUUAGGUUUAUGAACCACAUGAAACACCAUUUGGAACUUGAGAAGCAGAGCAGUGAGAGCUGGGAAAACCACACCACCUGUCAGCACUGCUACCGUCAGUUUCCCACACCAUUUCAGCUGCAGUGUCACAUUGAAAGUACACAUACUCCCCAUGAAUUUUCUACCAUUUGUAAAAUCUGUGAAUUAUCAUUUGAAACAGAACAUGUUCUUUUACAACAUAUGAAGGACAAUCAUAAACCUGGUGAGAUGCCAUAUAUCUGCCAGGUUUGCAAUUACAGAUCUUCAUCAUUUUCUGAUGUAGAAACUCAUUUUAGAACAUCUCAUGAAAAUACUAAGAACUUGUUAUGUCCAUUUUGCCUCAAAGUUAUUAAAAUUGCAACACCCUAUAUGCAUCAUUAUAUGAAGCAUCAGAAAAAGGGAGUACAUCGUUGUACAAAAUGCAGACUACAGUUUUUGACAUGCAAGGAGAAAAUGGAUCACAAGACUCAGCAUCAUCGAACAUUUAUAAAACCCAAACAACUAGAAGGAUUGCCUCCUGGAACAAAAGUUACUAUUCGAGCUUCAGUUGGACCGCUUCAAUCAGGAUCUUCACCUACACCUUCCAUUAGUGCCAGCGCAUCUACCCUUCAGCUCUCACCUCCAAGGACUAAAACUAUAGCUGCUAAAAAUUCCACAAAAUCUAAUAUAAAUAAACCUAAUACAACCAAAUCCAAUGCAAGUAAACCUAAUGCAAGUAAGCCUAAUGGAAGUAAAUCUAAAUACAAAUCAAAAAUCUCUAAUAUGCAAAAGAAGCAAAGUACAUUGACUAGUAGCAAUAAAAAAAGUAAAGUCAAUACAGCAUUGAGGAAUUUAAGGUAUCGUCGGGGUGUUCACAGAUGCAUUGAGUGUUGUUCCGAAAUAAAAGAUUUUACAAACCACUUUCCUACAUACGUCCACUGUAGUUUUUGCAGAUACAACACUAGUUGUAGUAAAGCCUAUGUAAAUCAUAUGAUGAGCUUUCAUAGUAACCGUCCAAGUAAAAGGUUUUGUAUUUUUAAGAAGCACUCAGAAAAUCUCAGGGGCAUUAAUCUAGUGUGCCUUAAUUGUGAUUUCCUAGCUGAUGUUUCUGGCUUAGAUAAUAUGGCUACACACUUAAGUCAACAUGAAACUCAUACUUGCCAAAUUGUAGUAGAAAAAGUUUCUGUUUGUAUCUCAACUUCUGAACAUCAUUCUGAAUUAAAAAAUGAAACUUCCACCAAGAAGCAAGAACCUGUAUCUAAGGAAAUUGCAAGCCCCAAUACGAUUGAAGGAGGAGCAUCAAAUUCUGAAAGUAAACAAGAUAAAGUUGCUUCUUCAGAAGAAAAAAAUGGAGGUGAUGCAAAUUCAUUUGAAGUGUCAUCAGCAACAAAAAGUAAAGAAAGCAUAGAAUCAGUUUCAGAUAAGGAAAAUGAUACCUGUCUUACAGACCUGGAAACUUGUUCAAAGAAAAUCUUCAGUUGUGAUUCGAAUAUUGGUGCAGAUAAAGUGGAGAAGGAAAAGCAAACACAGCAUGUUUGUCAGGAAAUGGAGUUGAAGAUCUGCCAAAGUUCAGAAAAUAUAAUUUCAUGUGAUCAGAUUAAAGAUCACAGCUCCAGUGAGACAAGGCUUUCUUCGAAGAAUCUGCGGUUAAUAUCAGGUGAUGUUAGCAUUGCUCAGUUUUUGAGACAAAGAGAUGAGCCUGAAUCUGUUAGUUCUGAUGUUAGUGAGCAAGGCAGUGCUCAUUUGGAACCUCUGACUCCCUCAGAGGUACUUGAAUAUGAAGCCACAGAGAUUCUUCAGAAAGGCAGUGGUGAUCAGUCACCUUCAGCCAAGAUGGAUGAAGUAGUAUCUGAUCAAACAGAUGACUUUCCUGGAGGAAAUAACCCUAGCACAACAGAAACAGCAAUAGACCCAGCAGAAGAAAAAGAAAGAAGUUGAAAUCAGUCAUUCUAAGUUUUAGUGUACCAAUGGUAAGAACAGUUGGAACAGUGCUAUGAGGUGAACUCACUAGUGCUGUUAUAGAGCUCAGAAACAGAAAAAUGUGAGGGAGGUAUCAUAUACUUUGCCUAUAGGUUCAACCUAGGUUAUUAAACAAAUUGAUUCACCAAAUAUAGCAUGACUGGUAUUGAUUUCCAAAAAGUUUUAAAAACAUGAACAAGAUUUUAAUGAAGGUUAAGUUUGCACUGGAAAGGUCUCAUUUCAGUUUUUCAGGAUAUGGGAAUUGAUUGCUGAUAAGAAUUGAUUAAAAGAAUAUUAAUUACAUUAAUAACACUUUUCAAAGUUCCAUCAGUCCUAUGCUAAAAUCCUUAUUACCCAUAUCUUAUUUUUAGUUAAUUCAGAGGAAGAGAUUUGGAAAUCAUGUACCUUUUGGGAAUAAUUGAUUUAAAAUAAUGACUGAUUGGCAUUGUUAAUGAAAGUUUAUUUUGAGUAUGAUGCUGCUAAAUGGAGCAUGCUUAGAGUGCUAAAUUGAUUUAAUGACAAUUUGGAUGAACAUAAACUUAAUUUUGGAUUUAAUGUAACAUUCCAAUCUGUCAAAAGCAUGUAAACAGAAUAUUUGAAUCUAUGUACCUCCAUACAAGUGUUAGCCUACCAGGCUGUAAGCUUACCUUAAUUAAACUUUCAGUGAAAGUGAAAUUAUUAAAAUAUAAAUUUAUAUUUGUGCUUUUUUGUUAGUGUGUAAGCUGUGCAGAAAUUCCUUGAUGUACUAGUUGUAUAAAGUAAAAACCCAUUGUUGAAACUCCUGUAGGUAUUAUGCUUUUAAUAUUGCUUUAAUUAUCUUCUUUAGAAAUAGAAAUGGUCUGGAAGCCAAACCAAAGUAUGGUGUAAUGUAGAUAUUGUAAAGCAGUAAACUGAAAACAUGUUAUGGCAUGUAUUCAGUUAUGUUUAAGUGACUUUUCUUUAAUUAUGAAAUAGAAACUUCAAAUGGGACCUAAAGCAGUGAUGUAAAAUAUUGGUUUUGGGAAUUUAGUCUAAUUUAUCCAUAUGAUGGCUGCUAAAUUCAUUUUUUCCAUUUUUUAAAAUCAUCUACAAAAUAAUAGAUAUAGAAAUGAAUAAUACAAAGAACAGUAGUUUGCUUUGAAGUACUAAUAUACUUUUAUUUAAAAUGCUACAUUUUUACUUCUUUAAAUGUGCUUUGAAUUCCUAAAUUUUGUUUCACUGAAUGUUAAAUGUUUAUGGCUAUUAAAAUUCUGCUGUAUAUAAUAGUUUUUGAGUAAAUAUUUCCAAUAAAAAUCUGUCCCUGAAUAA